UUAUGGCUAAAGAUUCAUAUAGUUGAAUAUCAUCAUUACAUCAACAAGUAAAUAUGUAGAAAAAUUCAUACUUUCUACAAGUUGAAAAAAACAUUCGAGGCAUUUUCCUUUUAUUAUUCAAUUUGCAAAAAUACCAUCUUGCAUAAAACCUACAAAAUGACAUUCCAUUAUUUCUUACAAUUUUAGCCUCAACACUAUCUUCUUCUCCUCUACAAUCCUGAUUUGUGCUCACUCAAACAGAAAGACAUGGCACUCUCAAAGCCACCACCACAACAUUUUAGUCCCUUUAACAAUCCAAAUCCUCAUCUAGAAACUGCGGCUUCUACCUUGACAUUCUCUACUGAUUCAUCAAGAAGAAUACGAAGAGACGUUCUUCUCUCAGUCUCAGGAACAAUAAUCCCUCAACUGUUUCUCCUUGACCUCAAACGCUCUUCCUCCGCAAGUGCUGCUGACCUUUUCAGCUUCCUGGCACCACAACCCGAGCCCGUACGCACUGUCGAGAUGGCUAAGGAAGGAUUAAGAAAAAAUGGGGAAAAUAUAAAAAAGAUAAAAGAGAUAAUGAUAGAAAAUAAGAGGUGGAAAGAAGGAGGGAAAGAGAUAAGAAGAAGUGCAUCAAACAUGAAACAAGAUUUGUAUUUAAUCAUCCAAGCAAAGCCUCCCAAGGAUAGACCUCUUCUUAGGUCGUUCUAUUCAUCUCUGUUCAGUACUAUCACCAAGCUGGAUUAUGCAGCAAGAGAUGGGGAUGCAACUAAAGUAAUGGAGUACUACAAGAGCAUUGCUGCGAUACUCGAUAAUAUUUUUACUCGAAUUUAAAUGCAAUCAACAUAUUAAUGAAGAAAUUGUCUGAAAUGCCUCACUUUGAAAUGUCACUGUGAAAUCAGUUUGUAAAUUAAUCCCAUUAUUUUGAAAUACCAGCAUUAUUAUUAAGU